GCUGGGAUUCGAUUCCGAAUCGAUUCCUCUUUAUAGACGCACCGUAAAUAAAGAAUCGGUUCUUGGUAAGAGAGUCGAAUCCUAGCGAUAGAAUACGCUACAACGGAGCAGCAGUGAUUGUGAAGGGUGAGGAUCUUUUUUUUGUGGACUUAGUCAUUGUAAAUGGUGGGUAUUGAUGAAGAAAAUCGUAUAGAAGAGGUAUCCAGUUCUGUGCAAUGUCUUUGGCGAGCACAUCAGACCUGGUUAAUGACAACACAUGUGUGCCCUCCUCACUGAGUCUUGAUCUACGCUGCCCACACAGUGCUCUACUAGACACAGAGCUUGGUCUAAAGGGCAAAACAAAAGGCACAUCUGCUUCUUCCAAGAGCCGCCACAUCUACGCCAACACCACCUCGUCACAGCUCCUCACAGGAAUCAUGGGUGGUCGUGACGAUGACAUGUCUCACCGCGAGGAAGAGCGGGCAAGAAAUCAAGAAAACGAGCAAGGUCACUCCAUCUCUGGGAGCAACGCCAAAUGGAUGAAGGAAGGUCAGAACCAGCUGCGCAAAGUCGCAGAGCAGCAGCAGGACCUCAAUAGAAAUCCGGACCAGAACCUUAACCUGACGGAAAAUGAGAAUGAGAGUCCAGAAGUGAACCCAAACCAGAACCGCAUACUUGAAGAGCAGGAGCAUGACAUGGAGAACAACAAGAACCUGAAGGUCCUCUGCUCCGAUGUAGACAUCAGGAACACUGCCAAUGAACCACUAUUGAUCGAUACGUCUGAGGUUCCAAAGAUCAAAAAGCAAGAGGAAGAUGAGGAAGAGGAUGAUGAGGAAGAAAGCCUCCCCGCCAGUGGUGGAGAGAAAGACACGGAUUCCUCUGAGGCACAAAGCAGCAGUGAGUCGAGGAACAGUGGUGAAGGUGGGGGCAAGAAUAGAUGUUUACUGUUUAGCAAGAACGGUGCUCCCAGUGAUGAGGACUCCAGCUGUAUGUCUCUGUCUCAGGGGAGCACAGCCACCAGCACUCCUGAUGGAGAUACAGAGUCUUACUGGGACCGCAGUGCAUUCGAGACAGACACUGACCUGCCAGCCGGCUGGAUGCGUGUGAGGGAUACUUCUGGCACCUACUAUUGGCACAUUCCAACAGGCACCACGCAGUGGGAGCCACCUUCCCCAAUGGAAGAGGGCGCAGUGCUGGAGAGACCAUCCAGCACCUCCCCUGCAAUUACCCCCUCUGAGGAACCACAGAUUACAUGGACUGGUGUUCCUCGUCAAAACAGAUUCAAUGAUGACUUGUGGAAGGAGGAGGAUGUAACCUCUGAUCAGAGUCUGAAGGAAUUUGAAGGGGCUACUCUGCGCUAUGCCUCCAUCAAUCUCGGUUGUACUCAGUCAGAGGGAGAAGAGAAACCAAGUUCAUACAGUACUGAUGGGGAGGCUAAGUGUUUUGCUGUGCGAUCUCUGGGCUGGGUCGAGAUAUCUGAGGAAGAGAUGGCACCUGGAAAAAGCAGCAUUGCUGUCAAUAACUGCAUCAGGCAGCUCUCAUACCACAAACACAACCUGCACGACACAGCCGGCAUCUGGGGAGAGGGUAAGGACAUGCUGCUGGUGCUGGAGAACGAGAUGCUAAAUCUGAUCGAUCCUCUGGGACAGACGCUUCUCCAUUCACAGCCUAUCGUCAGCAUCCGUGUGUGGGGCGUCGGCAGGGACAACGGCAGGGACUUUGCCUACGUGGCUCGAGACAAGCUAACCCAUGUUCUGAAGUGUCACGUGUUCCGGUGCGACACUCCUGCCAAGAACAUUGCCACCAGCAUGCAUGACAUCUGCUCUAAGAUUAUGGCACAGAGGAAGUCCUCAAAAUCAAGUCUAAACCGACUAAACACUGAUUCUUCCAAGCUACUGGAUAUCCCAGUUCAGGAGUUCCCAGCACCAAAGAAUGAGCUGGUUCAGCGUUUCCAAGUGCGCUACCUUGGCAAUGUAGUGGUGGCAAAGCCAGUAGGCAUGGAUAUUGUUAAUUCUGCCUUGGAGACUGCACUUGCCUCUGGAGAAAAAUCAGAUUGGAGUCCCGUGACUGUGAACGUGGCCUCUGCUACUCUCACUAUUCUUGUUUCAGACACUGAGGAGGUUCUGUCGGAGUGCCGCGUACGCUUCCUGUCAUUCAUGGGCGUGGGGAAAGAUGUACACACCUUCGCCUUCAUCAUGGCUGAAGGCCCUGGAGAUUUCAUCUGUCACAUGUUCUGGUGUGACCCCAACGCUGCCAGUCUGAGCGAGGCCGUGCAGGCUGCAUGCAUGCUAAGGUAUCAGAAGUGUCUGGAUGCCAGGCCCCCCAGCAGUAUCUCGUGUCUGCCUGGCCCUCCUGCUGACUCAGUUGCUCGCAGGGUGGGCUCCAGUGUCAAGAAGGGUGUGCAAAGCCUGCUGGGAACAUUUAAGAGAGCUGGAGCCCAGACACCGUGAGAAAAUGAAUCCUCACCACAGUGGCUGUCAUUCACAGUUCACUCCAGUUUGUCCCCCACCUUUCAGCUGUACAUCUCAAUCAAGCAUGGAACACACGUUUCAUUUCUCCUGGCCUCUUCUGAUGAGCUCAGGCUUCCCUUCAUUUCUGUCAUGAGUUGUAUGAAUGUCCAAUCAGGACAGGAUUUCAAAACAAAUGAAAUAUAGUACAGAUAUCAUUUUUUCAUCAACACUACAUAAUCUUAACACUAUUUGACACUUUGGUCUAGAUAGAUAGUAUUGCAUCUCAUCACUGAUUGACAAGCAAUGGUUUUUUUUUUUUUUUUUUAACGUGUGAGCGAGCAUAUGCAAUGUCUCUCAUUAUAAAUCGGACCAAAAUUCUCACAUUGUAGACAAAGUACUUAAAAAGGUAUAACUACAUGCCGAAUUUAAUACUAGCACCGAGGAACAUAACUACAGUUAAUUUAAUGUGCUGUAUGUACUGUAACACUGCUGUUGGCACAGGUUUUUAAAUAUUGAAAACGUCUGUUUUAAAUACAAUGGAUGGAUCUUUUAAAAUUGUGUGCAUAUUUUCCGUUAACAGAACACACUGUGCGUGUGUAGUUGGGAUGCUUUCACACUACCUUUUUUACACUGCCUUUAUUUUUAUUUUUUUAAACUCAAUCCUAGUUAAAGUUAACUAUAAAGCAUUUUGUUUUUAAAAAUUGGUCACUGCCAUCGUUUUUGGUCACCAAAAGGGGCAAUUAUAACUCGGUGCCAAGAAACCACCCAAUAGAUCAGAUUCCAAAUUAAGAGCAACAAAUGUGGUAAAAACUUUAGGGGAAAAAUUUGUCUAGUUAAUGAACCAUCAUAUGGAGAUUUACAUUUACAAUAUAAUUUGAUAACUUUUUUUUUUUUUCUCGAAUUUUUCUUUUUCAUGAAAUCAUAGUAAACAACCUUCUCAGUCAAUUCAAUCCAUGUCAACCCCUUUAAAAAAAGUGUAAAAGCACCUUUAGUGUGUAGAUUUAGCAUAAUCACAUACUGUAAGCCCUAGACUAUAAAUCUCUGCUGUACAGUAUAUAACUGACCACAUGCUGAUGUGACCUUAUCAAUGCAUUAUGAGUUAAUUAUUUACACAUUUUGAUUUUUUUUUUUCUGACUGAAAUUAUUUAAACAGAUUAUUUAUAUACUCUAAAAUAGCAUUACUGUAUCAUAGUCUUCCACAAGGAACCGGCUCAGCACAGAGCCCUUAGAUAUUUCACUAGCUUAAACGGGCAUUAGUGUCGGAAUUUAUUUUUGGUUUUGGUAGGAUUUUUAAAAGGAUUUUAAGUUGUGUUAAUAGAAUAUUAUGUUUAAUUUCCCUGCUGGAUGGGAAUUCUGUUUUUAGACAUGUGAGGUCUCACCACUAUGUGGUAAUUUUCUUCUUUUUUCUUCCUUUUUUUUCCUUUUUUAAGAAAGUGACUACGUCAUGUUUCUGAUUGUGUACAAGUUCACUGGGUUAGAGAGGUCUGAUCUGGAGUAGAAAUGAUCAAUAAAAAAAAAUGCUUUAAUCAUGCAGCAUAGGUGUAGACAUAGUGAUGUACAGGAGAGGGCGCCCUCUGCUUUCCGUUGGUCUUGUACAAUAUUGCCAGGUUCAUUUCUCAAAUGGUUUUUGUGAUGUGUGUAUUUUAGAACAAAAUAAAUAAAUAAAUCUGAAACUUCACAUACACUUGACAGAACAACUUGACAAAUUUGUGUGUACAGGUUAUAAAUUGACAUUUUUCUUUUCUCAUGCACCUUGUAAUAUAUUUCACUAUAACUUGCCUCGCUGUUUGGUUAUAAAACCAGUAAAAGCCAUUAACAAACAUCACACCUGACCAUUACUCACUGAAUGUUAGUGUAUAUAAACUAAUAUAGGAAUAGUAGCAGAAUGCACCCAUAUGCAGUAGCACAUUUCUCUGAAUGCUAACAGGUUGUGUAAACUCUACUUCACCCACAGAUGCUCUUUUUUUAUGUACUGAUCAGUUGGCUUGUGAAUAAGCCUUCGCUUUUAGCUCAGCUGCUAAAGAAUGAAUGUUGUACAGUGUGAAAGAAAAUGGAUUUCUGUCAUAUUUUUUUUUUCAAUCCCAUGUCACAGUAGCUUGCACUGCAGUCGCUUUACUAAACAAAAAUGUGUAUGUGGUUGUGUCUCAGCAUUUCGUGUAUAAACUGUAAGGGACUGUAGAUCUAGAUCAGUUCAUGUCAUGGGUUACAACAUGGAAUAAAAUCUGUGUAUUGUCCCUUAAUCAAGGAAUGUAAAUGUUAGUUGUUGAACUAAACCAUUUUAGAAAAGUCUGCUUUUUUUGUUUUUUAACUGAAGAAUGAUGUGCCAAAGUGCACAACGCCAUCAUAACCAGCCAGCCAACUUCAUAUUUCUUUUUUUGCAUAAUAAAGCCAUUUGUGUGCGAGUUAUCUGGAUAGGUGUGCGCUACGGUAGUGCAUUUUCUCAUGUGUAAUAUGCAAAUAUUAUUCAAGUGUUUAGUGUUUCUAGAAAGCAUUUACUUUUCAAUUGAGCAAGAAAGACCAUUUCUUUUAUUUUGUUAUUGCUUGUUUUGAAUUGCUUUCUUAUAAUGUAAAUUAGGUGUCAUGUACUGUAUAUACAUAUAAAUUAAUAUGUGUCACUUGACAAAAUAAAAGUUACUGUCUGUCUCCUCA